AAUGACCAAAAAAUAUAUAUUUUAGUGUGCCUUGAAAAGUGUACAAAGGCUUGAGUCUCAGUUACCCAUGCCAUAAUGGUUGCCUAGUUUCACUGAUUUAUUCAGUCAUUCAGUCAUACAGAAGGAAAGAACACCUUUCGUAAUUCAAGAAAUAUCACACAAUGGCGCCUGUUUUGAGAAAGAAGAUUUUGAAGCGACCAACGCCAGGUCGAGGCACUCGAAAUGUGUACGAGAACUGUUUGGCUUCGGAUUCGUCGACUUUUACCGUCCGGGGUGACGUUCGUUUUCCCUCGGAGAAUGCUAAUCGGGAAGAAAAUAUUCCAAGAUCGAGUUCACAGCAAAAGGAAAAUUCAUAUUAUGGGCUAACUAUGGCCGAAAUAAACGAAAUGUCCAAUAUCGGCGUGUCGGUAAGGAACAAACCAUUUGCCAACUUUCUACAGGACUAUUCCAUGACUCACGGCAUCAAGCUCAAUGAUAGUAUGGGGGCAGCAUCUGCCAGUUGGGGCCAAAUGACAGCGGUGCAAAAGAGAGCCUUUCAAGCCAAAAACUAUUCCCUGAAGCUAUUUUCCUCCGUGAAGAAUCGUAGCGUGAUUAUGAAUGCGCUUGGAGCAAGCGUUAAGGGGUCCAAAAAAAUGACCAAGGAGAAAGGCGCUAAGAAAGUUCCGAAGAAGCUAAGAAAGCCGUUGAAGCGGUUAAAAGCAAAGGCCAAAAAGCCGGAAGUUCAGAAUAAAUCAACUUCUGCAAGUCUUCCCGAGGAACCCUUCGAACUUCCUGAAAGUAGCAAUUCUUUGGAGCCAAUGCAGCAGGCUAACGAUGGUCAGAUCCAGAAUUCGACGAUCCAGGAUUCGACGGUCCAGGUUUCGACAAUUCAGGUUUCGACGAUUCAGGUUUCGACGAUCCAGGAUUCGACUAUCCAGAAUCCGACCGCCCAGGACUCGACGGAUGUGCAGAGCUCGGAUUCAACUGAAAACAAGCGCGGUUUCAUAGGCUUCGUAAAGGGUUUUUUUAAUUAAUUGGUUAAUUUUCAAAUGUACAUGUAAUUGUAAAAAUUCAAAAAAUAAUAAUGUUUAAUAACUUGUCGGAAUCAA